AGUAAAACACUUAUAGAAUAAGUUAAUGUUAUAGGCAGUGGUUGUGCUUCUUGUGCAAUGGCUCUCAGGAGAAUAAAGAAAGAGCUUAAAGAUUUGGAGAAAGAUGGCCCGUGUAAUUGUACAGCAGCUCCUGCUGGAGAAGGUUUAGACUUGUUUCAAUGGGAAGCCACAAUAAUGGGCCCUGUUGAUUCACCCUAUGAAGGGGGAGCCUUCUAUCUUAAAAUACAUUUCCCCAUUGACUACCCAUUUAAACCACCCAAGGUUGUUUUCACUACAAAGAUAUAUCAUCCCAAUAUUAACAGCACUGGGAAUAUUUGUUUGGAUAUUUUGCGUUCGCAAUGGUCACCUGCGCUAAAUGUAUCCAAAGUACUUUUGUCGAUCAGUUCGCUUCUGUGCGAUCCCAACCCAGGACACCCAUUGGUCCCUGAGAUUGCCAAGUUAUAUGUUGAUAACAGGGAGAAAUAUUUGCAGAAUGCGAUAGAGUGGACAAGAAAAUAUGCAAAGCACAAGAAAUAAUGUGAUUUAAUAAACAUUGUAUUUAGUUGAUGGUUUGCAAACCUAUUAUAAUACGUUUCUGCCAAAUCUCAAUCUUAAAGAUUGAAAACAAGAUAACGCUAAAAUUGUCCUGCCAACUAUAAUGCAUAUUCCACACCAACUUUAUAUUUUAUUUAUUCUUUUAUUUAUUUAGUUUAUGGUUGAAAACAAACAAAAUUCCAUAGAAAGUAACAUAUGCAUCAAAUUGAAGUAAUAAUACCAAUGUUUCAAACACAAUAUGUUUUUGUUGCAAUUUGUUUUUAAGUUAUCAUUCUAGCGUAUUGUCGAAAAUAUAUUUAAACUUAUUUUACACCAAGGCUUUCUGGCACUAACUGCCAUAGGUGUCCGUGUAAUUCCCACUCAUAAUAUUGCACUUUUUGUUUGUGCGAAAGUUAUGUACAUAUAUAUUGUCUAUAGUUUGCUUUUUAUUUGAAAGGAGCACCCAGGUUAAUGUAUAAAAACAUCCAUAUUACACAAACAGUAUUUCUAUUAUUUAACUUCAUGUUUUGCUCUGCGUGUUUUCUUUAAACAACUUUCGUUUCCAAACAACAUAUUAAAAUAAUCAUUUUAUUUUUUUCUCAUUUUUGUUUUGUUUUGGCAUCCCAUAAAUAACUGCUGGCUGCAGCAUUUAAUAAAUGUUUUUGUGUAAUUUAAUAUUACGAAUGAUAUGUAUUGAUAUAUCUGCACAAAUUGUGUUAUUUUUAGAAUUAGUAUUUUGACGUUCUGUAAAUAAUAAUAAUAAUGGUAUUUGUUUUUAUUUUACUGUUUGAAUUGUGGUUACGGGUACAUUAGUACACUAUUAUAUGUUCUGCUGUUUUUCUGCAAUCAUGUUAAUAUGCAUGAUGUGAUGGGGCUUGUAAAUGUAAAACCCACAAUUCUGUAUGGAUAGGCUUUCGACAAUUAUAAAAUGUCUUUCUUUACCUUCAUAUAG